CUAGGCACUCGGCAUCGGCAGCUAGUUUUGUCUUAACGCUGUGGCUGUGUGGCCUGUGUGCGUGCAUGGUGAAUCUGGUGAUAUCAGGUUAAUGGUUGGGGAGAUCCGUUCCGUUAAUUAACGGCAAGAUGACGUUAUAUUUCUGGCACUAUAAAUAAGAGAGUCGGUGUGAAGUUAAAAUGUGUUUCAAUCCCCAUUUCUCUUCGGAACGUAAAAUCUGGAGCUGAGACAGCAAAGCUUCUCCGUCUUCCUACUUUCUAAACGAUCCACAAAUACCCGCCGAAAUUUUGCGGUGAAAUCGCCGGAAUCUCGCCGGUGUUUUUUCUCUGGCUAUUCGACCGUUUUUCUUCUAUGUUUUGCAGCGAUUUSAAAUGUAAAUCGAUUUAUCGUCGCUGCAGUGACGCGAUUGUGUUCUUUUCCUUGACUUAAAGACCGUUUUUCCUGUUUUGCACUGCUUCUCAAACUGCUGAAAGUAGAACAGAGCCGGAGCUGCAUUUUCAGAGGCGAAAUGGAAUAACGCUUAGUAAUUUUAAGUUGUUUGGAGGCUAUUCGUGGCCGAAAAUAGACGAAGUGUAGAAUAACCAAAACAGAGACCGUGAAAUGUGAAGAAGAAGACGAAGAGAGACUGUGAAGUGCCAACUAAAAGAGGUUACGUCUGUGUCCGUUCCUUUCUGCGGGCAAAUUCGUCAAACCAAUGCCUGUAGAUCCAAUCCUCGUCCAARGAAAAGAAAAGCUGAGAAGAAAAGAAGACCAAGGAGCUGUUCGAGACGACUGAGCUCCAAAACGAAGCUCUCCGUUUCAAAGGAGAAGGAAAAAGCUCGACCGUCGAAGGUGAGAGGGAAAGAGAAAACCUAAGUCCAAGAGGGAACAAAAAGAGGAAGAUCGAGUGGGAGAGAGAUGUUAACAUGUAUAGCGUGCUCGAAGCAACUGGACGAUGGGGAAGAAAGCGCGCGUGGCACUCCAAGUACGAAAGAAGCCGUCAAAAGUCUGACGGCGCAGAUUAAGGACAUGGCGUUAAAAUUUUCCGGCGCCUAUCGUCAGUGCAAGCCCUGCACGGGCUCCACCAGCUACAGGAAGGGCCAGCGGCCUUACCCGGACUUCGAUACGGCCUCGGAAGGGGUUCAGUACCCGUAUCUGCGGACUGGGAGCUCGAGUUCGACGCCCGCAUGGGAUUUUACCAACAGUAAUAAUAGGGAGAACCUUGCCAUGCAAUCAGACUCCAGGUUCAAAGGAAUGAUGUCAACCGUUGAUCGGACCUCUGGAGGACUAGAGUCGGUUUCAGCACGGUCUUGUGACGUGGUACUUGUUGAUGAGGAUGAGCCCAAGGAAUGGAUGGCCCAAGUGGAACCCGGAGUCCACAUCACCUUUGUUUCUCUCCCCCAGGGUGGCAAUGAUCUAAAGAGGAUCCGGUUCAGCCGAGAGAUGUUCAAUAAAUGGCAAGCUCAGAGAUGGUGGGGAGAGAACUAUGACCGGAUCAUGGAGCUCUACAAUGUUCAGAGAUUCAAUCGGCAAGCUCUUCCUACUCCUCCUAGGUCUGAGGAUGAGCAGAGAGAUUCGUCUUACUCAAGAAUGGGAUCCGCAAGGGAAAGCCCCAUCACUCCAUUAAGCAAAGAUAGGACACCAAGGAACUUUUAUAGGCCAUCUGGCAACAAAGGGUACUUCCCUUCGGAAUCACUAGACCACAGUGGCCAACACUAUGGCGCUGGGCCAAGUACCUACGUCUCAGGCUUAAGGGGUGAAACUUCUUCGGUGGAUGCUUCACGGACUACAACCUCAUCCAGAGACGAAGCCUCUGUUUCUAUUAGCAAUGCCAGUGAUCAGGAGAUAGAGUGGGUCGAGCAAGAUGAGCCUGGAGUCUACAUUACCAUCAGACAAUUGCCAGACGGCACCAGGGAGCUCCGGCGCGUCAGGUUCAGCCGUGAAAGGUUUGGGGAGGUGCACGCAAAAAUGUGGUGGGAAGAGAAUAGGGAAAGAAUACAAGCCCAAUACCUCUAAGUAAUAUCACAUAAAACAAACUGCAUUAAUAUUAGAUGGGAGAAUUGCAAUACGGUUACCUACAAUAUAUUUAUCUUGCUCGAUUGAUCCACCAUUCCUUCGAUACUUAACAGAAUGAGAUUUCUUUGUUUUACCAUGGCUGUGUUUGCUACCACCAUUUUGUAAAAUUUUUGGGUCUUGCUCUAUUUGUGAGUUACGGCCUUGUGGUAGAUGAGUUAGGUUGCUCUCUUGUUUGUCGAAGAGGUCUAUCUCUCUAAUUAUACAAUCAGAGUUUGUACUUUGUAACACACCUUUACAGAAUGAGAAAUGGAUUAGAUUCAUUGAUGGUGUAAGGAUGUUAUGAUCAUAGCCUAGAGUCCAGCUUAACGGCAGGCAAAUUGCAGUGCAAGAAUCACAUGGUUUCUUAUCUCUGCUCAGAAAAGUGGUCUAGAAAAUCUGGUCUCACCAGAAAGACAUUCAAAGGGUUCUUCUUAAUUUUGUUUUAGCAUCCCAGCAAGCAUGAAUGAAACAAGGGGGAAAGGAAGCAGUCCUUGAAGAAAUCAAGUGAUCGGCAUGUAGCUUCAAGUUCACAGUUGUGAAGGGUUAGGAAGAUGUGGUCACCCAUGUUCUCUUGUUAACACUAAACAAAAGCAGGUAGAAGGAGCUAUCUGAAUAACAUAAUCUGGUGUUUAUCAUUCAUUGCUGUCAAGCCCACAAAAACAUGCUUGCCUAGGAAGAGUAACAUCCAAUAAAAAUAUAUUCAAUUAGGCCCCAGUCAUACAUUAUACGAUUGCCAUGGUUUGAGUUUUGUUGUAUAUGAUUCAUACUUGGUCCAUAUCAAGAUUUAGGACUAUCUGAAUCAGGCAUGGCGAAAGGAUGCUAGCUGUAAGGCAUUGAAAAAGAAAAAGGAAAAAAUAGUUAUAAGAGAAAGCACUGAAGUAGUAGAAAGCCAGAAAGGUAAUUACUUAUUAGCACAAAUAAAUCAGAAGAAAGUCUGGAUUCAAAUCUUGAGUGAAAAAAAAAAAUGGGUACAAAUACAGUGCUGGACUUGACAUUUGACAUUAUCUUCAUGUCACAAACUAAUUGACUUCCUUAUGAUGGGGGACCAGGUGGAAUUUAGGAAGAAAGUACCUUAGUAGGACUCUAAAAUCGGGCUCUCCGUCUCCCCUUGCUUGUAUUUUAAGGCCCUUUUUAAAGGGGCUUUCUAUGUUAUUGUAAAGGCCUUUUCCAAAGGAGGAUUUUAUUGGAUAGAUAGCAAUUGAAGUGGCGUUAUCUCCAAGGUCUAGGCGACAUAUAUAUAAACUGGGAGACCGACCGGAGAGUCUCCAGAUUGCAGGGGUCUCCAUGACAAUGCUGACAAAAGGGUGCACAUGUGUGAUGAAGACCUAAGCAGAAUCUUCUCAGUCAGGUACUCAGGUCUUCUUUUUAUGCUUGGUGGGGAGAGUACAGUCUAGGGGUGAUCAUUUCACCCUGGCCCGGAAAUUUUGGACUUGGGCCUCAGUUUUGUGUUCAGCCCCGGUUCAGGCCUGGGUCCAUAUUAGGCCCACAAAUUUUAGGGUUGGGUUUGGGCUUAAUACCUCAAGUCCAGCUCGGGCCGUAUGUAUA